AUGGUGGAAGUGAGCAGGACUCCAGCUAAUUGCCUGCAACCCCGGGGGACAGGCGGUGAGAGCGCCCUGAGCUUUCCAGGACAUUUCAGCCUCUGGCUCCAGUUCCUGCAGGAUGCGGCGAUCGCUAAGUAUGUCUGUGGUCUUGGCACUCAGCGAGCUUCCCGCUCGGGGCAGGCCCUCCCGGCGGGGGGCUGCCCCACCGGCCACCCAGCAUGCGAUGCCCCGGCCCUGCAGCGGCGCCCGUGCAGUCUGGAGGAGUUUGCUGGCCGCUCCACCCUCCAUGGCAUCCAGCACAUCUUCCGGCACCGGUGCUACACUGCCCGCAACCUGCUGUGGCUGCUGGCCUUCCUGGGCUCGCUGGCCCUCCUCAUCCACGCCUACGCCAAGUGCGUGGGCUUGUACUUCCAGUACCCCCACAGCACCCAGCUGGAGGAGGAGAUGGCACGCAAGAAGACCUUCCCCGCCAUCACGCUCUGCAACCUCAACCCUGCCCGCUUCUCGCGGCUCUCUGGCCACGACCUGUACUGGGCAGGGGAGAUGCUGGGUCUCCUAGAUGGGGCUGGCCGGCCUCUGGUGCCGGAGAGUGUGGAGAGGAGCAGGCUGGAGGCUCUGUUGGGGGCGCUGGCCAUGAGCGAGGAGGAGAAGAGCCGUCCCUUCGACCUGGAGGAGUUUUAUGGGCGCGUGGGCCACCAGAUGGACCUGGGCGAGAUGCUUGUCUGCUGCAUGUUCGGCGAUGAGGAGUGCAACGGCAGCGACUUCCAGACA